UCAAAUAACCCAAUAGACAAACAGCCUCCUCACAACCCAAUAACAAUGUGUGGAGAUAACUGUAUCAGACUGCAAAAAGACCCUGAAGAGCUGAUGUGUCAAUUAUUAAAAAUUAAGUUUGGGAACGAUUUUCUCUCAGGCCCUCCCAGCUCUGAACCCCAUAAAGUGUCUUCACCUUUGGAUUGUUCAAGACUUGGAGACAAAGCCAUCCCCAAGUGUCGCACAGACAGCAUUACAUUUCUUCGGCCAGAUUUCUCUGGGCAGCACCAGUCACCAUCAGCCCGGGUUGCCGCCAAGAAGAUGCAGAAACCCAAACGAAACAUCAGCCUAAAAAACUUUGUGCCAAAGUCAAAGGGUGUCAAUGAUGGUCUUAGGAUUGUGCUGAUCGGAAAGACCGGCUGUGGAAAGAGCUCCUCUGGAAACACCAUUCUGGGAAGAGAGGAAUUUAAAGCUGACCCUGGCAAUAGUUCAGUGACCAGGUACUGCCAGAAAGGACGGAGUGAGGUGGCUGGUCGCACAAUCACUGUGGUGGAUACUCCUGGACUGUUUGACACCAGUAUGUCCAAUGAAGAAGUCAAUGAGGAGAUGACUAAAUGCAUCACUCUUCUGGCUCCAGGACCACAUGUCUUCCUCCUGGUGUUGAAAAUUGAUAGGUUUACUGAAGAAGAGAAGGACACUUUAAAACUGGUGAAAAAAGUCUUUGGUGAAGCUUCAAAAAAGUUCACCAUCGUCCUCUUCACUAAAGGAGACUCAUUAGAUCAUCAUUUGAUGUCUGCAGAAGAAUACAUCAAAAAAGCUGAUGAUUUUAUUAAGAGCCUAAUUAACGAUUGUGGAGGAAGGUACCAUGUGCUUAAUAACUACAGUAAAGAUAACAAACAGCAGGUCUCUGAGCUGAUAGAAAAGAUUGAGAAAAUGUUGGAGGGAAACGGUGGUGACUGUUUCACUAAUGCAAUGCUAAAUGAAGCAGGGGAAGCAAUCAGAAAAGAAGUGGAAAAAAUCCUGAAAGAAAGUCAGGAGGAGAUGCAGAGUCAGCUUCAAAAGCUUAUGGAAGAACAGGGCAAAAAAGUGAAAGAAAUUCAAGAAAGCAUGGAGGAAAAGAAAGCAGAUAAAGCAGCAAAGAGAGAAGAAAAUUUAAAUGAACUUGAAAAAAUGAGAAUUGAAAUCAACAAUAAGAGCAAAAAGAUUAGGAGAGAUAAGGAAAUAAAGGAAAUGCAAGAUAGGAAGAAGAAGAAGGAAGAGAAGGAGAUGGAAUGCAGGAAGUCAGAAGCAAAGCUGAAGGAGUUAGAGGAAAAAAUAAAUUCUACAACAGAUCUGGAGAAGAAAAGUUUAAUGGAACAAAUCAGAGAAAGUAUAGUAAAGGAACAAGAGAGCACAAAGGAAAAAAAUAAUCUGUACUGGGAACAACGCAAGAAAGAGAACAAAAGAAUCUGGAAAACUGCUGAAUCAAACCUCAAACAGCUUCAAAGCCAGUAUGAUCAGAGCAAAAAGAUGUUUGAAAAACAGGUUGAAAGUGAGGAUGAAGAAAUAAGAAAAGAAGAGGAAAAACUGGAAAAUUUGAUGGAAGAGUAUGAUAUGAAAGAAAAAAACCUCAAGGAGAAAUACGAAGAGGAUGCUAGAGAGCGAGCUCAAGAGUACAAUGAAUUUAAGGGGAAAUACAGGACAAAUUUUGCAGGUCUGUUGGAAGAACACCUUGAACAAAGAGAGGCUAUAGAGAAAAUAUAUAAAGACGAAAUUGCAAAAAGAGAAAAGAAACUGGAAGAUUUAAAGAUCAAACAUGAAGAAGAAAUAAAGAUGAUAAAGGAGAGAUACAAAAACCGGUGUGUGAUCGCCUAA